AAAGAAUAAAUCAUCAUGUCGAAUGCAGUGGUAGAAAAUGGGGCCCCUGAUGAGAGGGCGACAACAUAUUAUUUCCCAAAGACUGGAUCCAGCGCCACAUUAUGGCAGAGGCUGAGCUUGUUUGUGUCCAUCUACUGGAAGGCACUCAUUGUAGUGCUUACACCACUAGUGCUACUGCCUAUACCUAUAUUGAACUCUGCACCAGCCUACAGAUGUAUGUAUGUAGUCCUAAUUAUGGCAAUAUACUGGGUGUUGGAGUUGCUCCCAUUGCCCGUCACAUCUAUGUUACCCAUCGUUCUAUUCCCAACGAUGGGCAUUCUGGACUCAGACAAAACCUGUGCAGCAUACAUGAAGGAGACCAACAUGAUGUUCAUGGGUGGUCUGAUGAUUGCUGCUGGAGUACAGCAUUCCAAGUUACCAAAGAGAGUUGCUUUGUGGACUGUACAAGUUGUCGGAUGUUCGCAUAGAAGGUUGAACUUCGGUCUAACAUUUGUGACUAUGUUCAUAUCUAUGUGGGUAUCGAACGCCGCCGCUACCACCAUGAUGGUACCCAUCGUUGAAGCCAUAUUGGAAGUAUUGGAACAGCAAGGACUUGGCGAUGUGUAUGUAAACAAAAAGAAGAAUCAGCCAGCGGAAAAUGGCAAGGACACUAAGGCGGUCGCUAAAACUGGAGAGGAAGAGGCUCCAAUGCCGAGCGAUAUCACAAUCUGCUACUACCUCAGCAUAGCGUACGCUUCCACGCUCGGAGGAUGCGGCACUCUCGUCGGAACCGCCACAAACUCUGCUUUCAAAGGAAUAUUCGAUUCCGAGUUUCCCGAGUACUCGAAUUCGGUGGACUUCUUCUGGUUUAUGGCGUACAGCACUCCUCCAAUGCUCAUAAUGCAACUGCUCGUCUGGUUCGCGCUGCAGAUCACAUUCAUGGGGAUGUUCAGGCCAAACAGCGAAGCAGCUAGAAAAGUGAACAAGGCGUCAUCAGGCUCGGAGACCACGAUGAAGGUCAUCAAGGAGCAGUACAGGAACCUAGGACCAAUCACUUUCCAUGAAAAGGCUUCUGGUCUCCUGUUCAUCCUGGCGGUGUUUCUGUACAUCUUCCGUCGCCCCGGCUUCAUGCCCGGCUGGGCUGAGAUCCUUACUAACAUGAAAGUGAAGGACGGUGUGACCUCGAUCUUCAUUGUGGUCCUGAUGUUCAUCCUGCCGAUGUGUUGCGACUUCCUCAAGUUCUUUUCCAGCUCCUCCUCAUAUGAAGAAUUGGCUGCAUCUAAGCCGUCCCCCAGCAUCGUGACCUGGAAUAUAUUGAAGGAAAAAAUCCCAUGGGGUCUACUCUUCUUGCUCGGUGGUGGUUUUGCCUUGGCUGAAGGUAGCAAGGCGACCGGCCUGUCUGCGAUGAUAGGCUCCUCCCUCGAAGGUCUGCACGGACUGAACCACGCCGUGGUCCUCCUGGUCGUCGUGUUAGUGACGCAAUUCAUCACGGAGUUUACUUCCAACGUUGCUAUCGCCAACCUUAUAUUGCCUGUGUUGGCUAAUAUGGCUCGUGUCCUUCACAUCGACCCUCGCUACCUGAUGGUCCCCGCGACCCUGGCCUGUUCCAUGGCCUUCCACAUGCCUGUGGGAACACCACCCAACGCCAUCGUAGCUGGAGUUGCACACAUACCUACCUCUAAAAUGGCUGUCGGGGGUAUUGGUCCGAAAAUUAUAACGACACUCAUCGUCUGGGGCGCUUACCCAACGUGGGGAGCAAUCAUCUUCCCAGCGCUGACAUUAUCUGCAGGCCCAGCGCAAAACACGACCACAGCCCUUGCCAACAACGUCACCCUAGCUUGUAAUACCUCAUACACAGCCAUACAAACUUUAUCAAACUUCAAUUGCACUUUGCCCAAUCUUCCAAACCUCAAUAUGACUGGAGCAGUCACAUGCAACUAUCUUCCCUUAAAAAGUUAAAUGUGUUUAGCUAAAUUUAAUGGUUUACAUUUGUGAUGGGCUAUUUAUAAAUAGCUAUACGCUAGCAUUUCCAUAGACCAAGAAUUACGUACAGGUAUGUGCCAUUUUCUACCAUUUUCUUAUUAAGUUUAAUUUUUUCGUAAUGCAAUCUCGAAUGUAUGGGUAGUAUAAAAUAACUCGUGCUAAUUGGGUGGUACUUAUAUGUUCACCUCUUCUUUCCUCUUCGGGGAUAAACGCCGUGUAUUUAUGUUAUAUAUCCAAUCUCAGUGUGGAUAGAGAAAUAUUUUUUUUAAUCCACCUUCAGUAGUCUGUUGGCUUAUAUUGUCUGUGUAUAGUUCAAUGUUGCCAACUUAAUGGUAUUUAAAUCGUUACAGUCGCUGAAAUUUGAUCGUCAUUUUGGUACUUAAAAUUUAUUGAUGGUAAAAUUUUGUUGGCAUUUUUGUGCAAUCUUAUUAAGAUUGUUUGAUGAAAAUUCGGCCUUAAGCUUACUACAAAAAGGUGCUAUUUUCACUAUACCAUUAUUUAGCGGCUUAAUGAAAAAUUAAUAGCUAUUUUUGUAUUUUCUACAGUAUAAAAGCAUUUUUUAUAUGAUAAUUAUUAAUACAGCAUUUAUGUAUGUAUGUGGAGUAUGACAGUCGCCCCACCGACUAUAUACAUUGCCAAAAUAUAUACAUAAAAAUAAAAUAUACAUACCUAAUAAAAAUUGGACAUAAUUUUAAAGCAAACUAGAACUAAUACAAACAAUUUGGUUAGUAAAAACCAGUUUAACAGC